CCAAGAGUUACCAUUUGCCUCCGACACAACCAACCAAAGCGGCUUCUCUUUUUAAGAAAAUAUAUAUGCUCCCACAAAGUCACAAUAACCUCGGACGGUUCCCUGUGGUAUAGAAACUCCUCCAAAUGCAUUUUUACUCGGAAGGAAAAAAAUAAAAAAUUUUAAAAAGCUCUUCAAUUGCUGCAGCUGACCCAAUCACACCACUUCCUACGCUUCUUCUGAAUCUUUGCGGAGAAAAGACACCAACCCUCCUGCUUUUUUGCUUGCAAAACCUGAGAAUUGCUGCAUUUUGUUUCUUUUACGGCUUAAAACCAGUUUCUGACUUUGUUUUCCCUGUUGUUUUGCUUGCUUUUCUGGGUUCUUUUGAUUUGUCUGUCGUGUUUUGCUUUGUGAUUUACCUGUAUGGGUCGUUGGAGAAGACAACAAGGUGGAACUCAUCAUAAAGAAACUCAGAGUCAGGGAACACGAUCGCAGAACUGGAAGCCACCUGUGUAUGCUUGGCAGUCAUCUGUGCCUUCCUGGGAAAAGAAGUUCUGCACAUCAAUUGGUUUGGUUCCAUGGCGGAAGCUCCUGGAAACCAAGAAGUGUAUAUAUCUCUAUAAUAAUGUGGUUCAAUGGAAUGACUCUGCUGGUGAAGAAGCAUUUCACAAUGCAAAAAAAAGAUUUUGGGCAGAGAUUAACGGCCUCCCCUGUGACAUACCAUUGCCCGAUCCUGAUAUUUAUAUUGACGAAGUAGAUUGGAACUCCAGCAUUGAUCCUGAAUUGCUGUUGAACUUGGAACAGGAACCCAAGGCUCCUUCUGAGGGAGAUAAAGAUGAGAAGGCUGUGAUUCUUGCGGAUUCCCUCCUCUUGAAUCAGUCAUUUUGUUGCACUGGAUGGGGAGAAGCUGAAGAGGACUUGAGAAAAACCACCGACUUGGCUUGGCAUCCUGGAUAUGGGAACUACAACCAGGCUGUAAAUAACAACAAUGGUUAUUGGGAGCAUAAUUAUGGUCAGAGUAAUAGAGCCAUUGAAGAUAAUGGAUGGGAAACUUAUCAGAAUGAUUCAUGGGGAUGGAAUCAGUGGGAGAAAAAUUACAAUGAGUCAGAAAACAUAGACGGGGGAAGAGCUGGUGGGUGUUGGAGAAUGUGGGACAACAAUAGCAGGAGAGAAGUCUCUGAUCGGUACAUGUCAAGGUAUAAAACCUCAAGGUUUCAUGGAAAUGACCAUCAUCAAAUGGGUCGUGGGCGGAAAGAUGGUAGGGUAAGGAGGAAGGUCAAUCUUGCAUAUGAAUGACCGCUCUAGAUUUAGAAAGGAAAAAAAGGCCUGCCUCGGGGCAGUGGAACCUGAAAUCUUGUUGUUCUGCCAUUAUGGAUUCAGCAUAGCAUGAAAUCCAUGGAGCUAUGAGAAAUAAGUUUUGUAAAUAAGUUUUGUGAAGUCCUCGAGUAUAUAGUAUGUUGUUUACAUGAGUUUGUUAUGUUCUUGGUUAUUUGCAUAAAUAAUAGUAUGUAUGUAAUUGCGCGAUACAUUCUCAGCAAAGUUGAUGAUGUUUGGUUUAAGCUUAGAUUUUUGUAGUUUGGUUGGGAAGUCAAAGCAGAUUUGGAACAUGGCCCGGGAUAUCAGGAGAGAGUGCGUUGUGACCAUGUUUGAUAAACUCAGUUCUCAUAAAAUACUUUGCUGUGUAUGUGACAAUGAGAGUAUCAGUUUGGAGGCUACUGUAUUCUAGGUUGAGAGAAUUUUAAGCUACAAUGGAAGUUGAUUAAGAUUAAUCAGAUUAAUGAAAUAGUAAGUUCUCAUUGUUCCUUCUUUUUCUGUUA